UCGGUACAGCACUAUUUCCGAUCCGAUUGAUUAAUCAAUGGCGUCACCGUGAACGUUAUAACCCAUAGCGCGCUUUUUUGCAGUUAUCUUCUAUAUUUACUGCGAUUUUAACUUCAUAUUUGGUGUGUAUAUUGUUUCUACACUGCAAGAUAAUAUUGCUGCAGAGGUUGAUAUGAUCAAGAAAUUAUUGUACAGACUAAUACAUUAGCAAGUGUUUUAUCAAGAUGCAGACUAUCAAGUGUGUGGUGGUAGGGGACGGUGCUGUGGGCAAGACAUGCCUACUCAUCAGCUACACUACCAACAAGUUUCCCUCGGAGUAUGUGCCCACUGUUUUUGAUAACUAUGCCGUAACUGUCAUGAUUGGGGGGGAGCCUUACACUCUAGGGCUCUUUGAUACUGCAGGACAGGAAGAUUAUGACAGGCUACGACCACUGAGUUAUCCUCAGACAGAUGUUUUCCUUGUGUGCUUCAGUGUGGUGAGCCCGAGUUCAUUUGAAAAUGUUAAGGAAAAGUGGGUACCAGAAAUAACACACCAUCAGCAAAAAACACCUUUCUUAUUGGUGGGGACACAGAUUGAUCUUAGGGAUGACCCUGUUACUAUGGAAAAACUUGCUAAGAUUAAACAAAAGCCAGUCUCAUUAGAACAAGGAGAAAAAUUGGCAAAGGAACUGAAAGCUGUUAAAUAUGUAGAAUGCUCUGCACUUACACAGAAAGGGCUCAAGAAUGUGUUUGAUGAGGCUAUACUGGCAGCACUGGAGCCACCAGAACCAGUUAAGAGAAAGAAAUGUGUGCUACUGUAAUAAGCGGCGACUGUGGGGCCACGGUGCUGCGGCGCCGCGGCGCGAGCGGCGCCCGUCGCGACCUCAUGCACGUAUAAAACUAACACUGUAAUAUUCAACUUAUUUUUAUAAACUUAUAAUUAUUGAAUAUAUGCCAUAAACUAAAAGUAAUGAAUAUUACAAUACAACUUGGGUUUUAUGCUAAGACGUAUGUUAUUCAGGCCUUUACAGUUUUCCAUUUAUUAUUAUUUUUAACAUUUGUACAGACUUUGUACAGAUUAUGUCUUGUAUACAAAUUAAAAUUAUUUAUAAAUAUUACAAAGUCUGAAAUAGGUAUUACUUGUUACUAAUGCUAAUAAUAGCAUUAAAAUUUGAAAGAGACUUUGUAAUGUAAUAUCAUAAUAUAAAAUGUAAUUGUCUUUGCAGUGUUUGCUAAAAUAAAAGCAACUUCAUGCACAAUUUUGCUAUGCACAGUAUAAUACUAUGCAUUUCUUAUGUUUUAAUUACGACUUUAUUAAAUGUAAACUAAUAAGUUAUAAAAAAUAAUCGUUUACGCCUGUCUUUUGUGACAACCAUAUUUGUGUGUUAUGUAUCUUAUUAAAAUGUGUUCUUAGUUUGUCCCUUAAAAUAAAGCUUUCUUUCAAUUAUUAAUAAAACUAUUCCAGUCAAAUGUAUUACGUGCCAGACUAAAUAACUUAUCCAGGUAUAAACUUGAAAUUACUUAUACCUUAAUGGUAUUUUAUCCUCAAUUGAACAAUAAAAUAUGCUUUAUAAAAUAAUAGUACAUUAUGAUACAAUAAGUGUGCUAAGUUGGUCAUUACACACGAGGCGAUAUUGUGCGCGCGAGUUGUAAGCGAGCGCGCAAUAAGAAAGCCGAUGUGUGUAAUGACCAACGCACACGCGUUUCAUACGACGUUUUUCAACACACUUGCGAGGAAAAAACAAUACUUAUAACAACAAUACAAUUUUCAAGAUGGUGACUUACAGUUUUAACAUCGAAUAAUUGCAAAUAAGCGUGCUGGGCUUGUAGGCACUUAUUCGCCAGUUCAUUGAAGUAAGCUACCAACACGUUUUCCAAGAAAGACUGGGCGUUUUUGCUGAUUUUCCACUGUAUAAAAGUUUCAGAUGCCA